UUAACGUUAUCUACAUUAUGCAGCUGUGAACCGAGAAUUUAUUAUCACCACAUCCCACGCAAAAGCUCCAAGUUUCGCGGGCCAAGCUACAGACCCACACGACCAGGGUCUCAGUGCGCUAGCCCGCUCUUGCGCUAGCGCGACUUGGUUCGUUGGGGUUCAACGUCAAGUCCGAUUGCUUGUCCGUAGCUUCCUCGAUUGAGGCAAGAAAAAUUCCCUCCGACGUCCAGACCUCUCCUCUAGCAUCAGUAGUAGCCCUGCCGACCUCGCCUUUUGUUUCGUUUGGUGCUGCGAGCGGGCACUCCAAUUGAGCUUCAAUUCAGCCAGGCCUUGUUUUCUUUCUAUUCUCCGGCUCUAUUCGCUCCCUCCUUUCCCGGCAACAAAAUCUCAGCCAUGUCGCGCUAUCUCCGACCAGCGGCCCGCCUGGCUGCUUCUGCGCGCGCCUCAGCCAUCCGCCCUGCCGCGACCUCCCCGUUCCUUUCCAGAGCCGCUGCCGUGCCCAGGCUACAAAAACGGACAUAUGCCGAUGCGUCCGGCGUCAAGGAGUACACAGUCCGCGAUGCCCUAAACGAGGCGCUCGCGGAGGAGCUCGAGUCCAACCCCAAGGUGUUCAUCAUGGGUGAGGAGGUUGCCCAGUACAACGGCGCAUACAAGGUCACCAAGGGCCUGCUAGACCGCUUCGGCGAGAAGCGUGUCAUCGACACACCGAUUACCGAGAUGGGCUUCACCGGCCUGGCGGUUGGUGCUGCGCUGAGCGGGCUGCACCCUGUGUGCGAGUUCAUGACCUUCAACUUCGCCAUGCAGGCCAUCGACCAUAUCGUCAACUCGGCCGCCAAGACCCUCUACAUGUCCGGCGGUAUCCAGCCGUGCAACAUCACUUUCCGCGGGCCCAACGGCUUCGCCGCCGGUGUCGCCGCCCAGCAUUCGCAAGAUUACUCGGCGUGGUACGGCAGCAUUCCCGGUCUCAAGGUCGUCUCUCCUUGGUCCGCCGAAGACGCCAAGGGGCUCCUGAAGGCUGCCAUCCGGGACCCUAACCCGGUCGUCGUGCUGGAGAACGAGCUCCUGUACGGCCAGUCGUUCCCCAUGUCCGAGGCCGCGCAGAAGGACGACUUCGUGCUGCCCAUCGGCAAGGCCAAGGUCGAGCGUGCCGGCAAGGACCUGACCAUGGUGACGCUCUCGCGGUGCGUCGGCCAGUCGCUCGUGGCGGCCGAGAACCUGAAGAAGAAGUACGGCGUCGAGGUUGAGGUGAUCAACCUGCGCAGCAUCAAGCCGCUCGACAUCGAGGCCAUCGUCAAGUCGGUCAAGAAGACGCACCGCCUGAUGGCCGUCGAGUCGGGCUUCCCGGCCUUUGGCGUCGGCGCCGAGAUCCUGGCUCUCACCAUGGAGUAUGCCUUUGACUACCUCGAUGCUCCCGCCCAGCGUGUCACCGGUGCCGACGUCCCGACCCCCUACGCCCAGAAGCUCGAGGAGAUGAGCUUCCCGACUGAGAACCUGAUCGAGCAGUACGCCGCCAAGCUGCUCCGCCUCUAAGCCGCUGAGGACGCAUCUUUGAUUCCGGCUGAGGGAAUUCACUCCAGUGGGCGGUGGAAGGACGGCGUAAUUUCAGCACGGAUGGGGCUGAAGUGACGAAGAUCCUGCGC